GUCGUCUUCGUCUCUCUGAGAAAAUCAAAACUGCUUCUCCGAUCAAAAUGGAGUCAUGCCCUACUGUAAAGAACAUCCUCCUCCUAGAUUCUGAAGGAAAACGUGUAGCUGUCAAGUAUUAUUCAGAGGACUGGCCAACGAAUAAUGCAAAAGAAGCUUUUGAGAAAGCUGUUUUCACUAAAACUCAAAAGACAAAUGCACGGACAGAAGCUGAGAUAGCGAUGUUUGAGAACAGCAUAGUAGUUUACAAGUUUGUUCAAGACCUUCACUUUUUUGUUACUGGGGGUGAUAAUGAAAAUGAGCUCAUUUUAGCCACAGUUCUUCAGGGAUUUUUUGAUGCAGUUGGAAUUCUCCUCAGAGGCAAUGUGGACAAAAAGGAAGCACUUGAGAAUUUGGACCUCAUUCUACUAUGCCUUGAUGAAAUUGUUGAUGGCGGCAUUGUUCUUGAGACCGAUUCAAAUGUUAUAGCAAGUAAGGUUGCGAGUCAUAGUAUUGAUUCUGGAGCUCCAUUAUCUGAGCAGACAAUAGGCCAAGCACUUGCUACUGCACGCGAACAUUUUGCCAGAUCUCUUCUCAAGUGAGUGGAUGACAGGAGAAGCAUGGAAAGAACAUCAGUCUAAUAUAUUCUUAUCCAUUAGGUGUAAUGGCUUAUAGUAGCGCAUUCGCGAAACUGCAUACUAUAAGAAUUUAUCACUUCCUUUCAUCUCCUCUUACAGAACUCGAAUGAUUUACACAUUAGAACAAUUCAAGUAAAAGCUUCAGAAUUCAAGUUAUGGAUUUGAGAUACAGAGAUAUGUUUUUGAGUUGAAUGUGAUCAUCACAUGGGUACUUGAGAAUGUUUCUACCAUUUACUAAUUA